AUGCUUCAUCAAUCACUUCCACUCUUUUCUGAUUCCAAAAUUGCCAAUAACAUACUUCUCUUUGCUUUGCAUUUCUCAAACAACAACAGUAACUUUGAUGGCUCUUCUCCUUCUAGAGCCACUUGCCGUGUUCUCGAUAUGGGAUUGAAAUUCAGUAAACAAUCAUCCGGUAGCAGCAGUGGGCAAGGAUUCUUCAGCAAGGCUCGAACCAAGACUACAACAACUAAUGUUUACGGUCGUCGUGCUCAAGAAAGUGUGCUUGAGGAAGAAGCACCUCAAAAGUUGGGAUUUAAAACAUUCCCAGGCCAGGCAUUUCCAUUAGGUGUUUCAGAAGUUGAAAAUGGGAUCAAUUUUGCUAUAUUUUCGCAGCACGCCACUGCUGUCACGCUUUGCUUAUCACUCCCUCACAGGGGAAAGCGUGAAAGGUUGGAUGGUGGAAUGAUUGAGGUGGCUUUGGAUCCUGGUGUUAAUAAAACCGGAGACAUUUGGCACAUAUGCAUUGAGGAUUUACCACGGAGCGAUGUGCUUUAUGGUUAUCGGAUAGAAGGUCCUCGAGAUUGGCAUCAAGGGCAUCGAUUUGAUAGCAGCAUCAUGCUUAUUGAUCCUUAUGCUAAGCUAGUUGAAGGCCGCCGAUUUUUUGGUGAUGCCAGCAAUAAGCUGUCAAAAUUUUAUGGAACUUAUGAUUUUGAUAGCUUGCCUUUUGAUUGGGGUGAUAACUACAAGCCUCCAAAUUUACCAGAGAAAGAUCUUGUUAUAUAUGAAAUGAAUGUGCGUGCAUUUACAGUUGAUAAAUCCAGUGGCUUGGAUCCAAAUAUACGUGGAAGUUACCUUGGUAUAAUUGAGAAGAUCCCACAUCUUCUAGAGCUUGGUGUCAAUGCAUUGGAGUUGCUGCCUGUGUUUGAAUUUGAUGAGUUUGAGUUUCAGAGUAGAGGUGGUGGACCUCGUAAUGCAUCUCGGGAGUUCAAGGAAAUGGUCAAAGCCUUGCACGGUGCUGGCAUUGAGGUUAUUUUGGAUGUAGUCUAUAACCAUACAAAUGAGGCUGAUGACAAAAAUCCUUAUACCACUUCAUUUCGUGGCAUCGAUAAUAAGGUUUAUUACAUGGUGGACGUCAAUAAUAAUGGCCAGUUGCUUAACUUCUCUGGAUGUGGGUCAUUGAAUAUCAUGUGGAUGGAUUUCGAUUUGACCUUGCCAGUGUACUUUGCCGAGGAACAGAUGGGUCUCCACUUGACGCCCCCACUUGUCAGGGCAAUUGCAAAAGAUGCCAUCCUGUCAAGAUGUAAAAUUAUUGCAGAGCCUUGGGAUUGUGGAGGCCUUUAUCUGGUUGGAAAAUUUCCAAAUUGGGACAGAUGGGCAGAGUGGAAUGGCAAGUACCGUGAUGACAUUAGAAGAUUUAUUAAGGGUGAUUGUGGUAUGAAAGGGAGUUUCGCUACCCGGGUUGCUGGAUCUGCUGACCUCUACAGAGUCAAUAAGCGCAAGCCUUGUCAUAGUGUGAAUUUUGUUAUAGCACAUGAUGGAUUCACACUACGUGAUCUUGUUUCGUACAAUUUCAAGCACAAUGAUGCUAAUGGAGAAGGUGGAAAUGAUGGAAGCAAUGACAAUUUUAGCUGGAAUUGUGGAUUCGAAGGAGAAACUGACGAUCAUAAUGUUAAAGCUUUACGCUCCCGGCAAAUGAAAAACUUCCAUUUAGCAUUAAUGAUAUCUCAGGGAACACCAAUGAUGCUAAUGGGAGAUGAAUACGGACACAGUCGCUAUGGAAAUAACAACAGUUAUGGGCAUGACACUUUUAUCAACAAUUUCCAAUGGGGGAUCUUGGAUGCAGAAAAGAGUAGCCUCUUCAGAUUUUUCUCAGAGGUUGUAAAGUUUCGACAGACACAUCAAGUAUUUACCCAUGACAAUUUUGUUGGCAAAAAUGAUGUGACAUGGCAUGAGAACAACUGGGACAAUUACGAAAGCAAAUUUCUUGCUUUUACGCUUCAUGACAAGAACAGCGGAGAUAUCUAUUUGGCUUUCAAUGCUCAUGACUAUUUUGUUGAAGUUUCAAUACCCCCACCACCAUCCAAGAGGUGUUGGCUUCGUGUGGUAGACACCAAUCUUGAAUCCCCGGCUGACUUUGUUCCUCGAGGUGUUCCUGGCAUUGGAAGCACCUAUAGUGUGGCUCCACACUCAUCAAUUCUUCUUGAAGCUAAACAGAAAUAA